AAAAAAAAAAACUCAUUCCUUAUUAUUCAUUAUUUUGUUUCUCUCUAAUUCUCUUGCAUCGCCCUCCAUCGUUUGUGGAAUCAUAACGCCCAAUGAACUAAGUGCGCUUUAACUUUUUACCAGGUGAUCGAUCCUUCCCAAAGGGUCAGCCUCGACGCGAUUUGCUCGUCACCGACAGCCAACUGGCGAGCUUGGAUAAGGUAAACCGUAAAAUCAAGUAAAUCAGGUUUGCUGACGGGAUAGUUGGCCAAUUGCAAUGAUUUUUCUCAUAAUAAAACUUCACAACGUCCAUUGCCCACAAGACUCCAGUAACCAUCGAUGUGAUCUUUAACCACCCUACAAACAUCCGCUCGAUUAAACACCAUGCGUUGACUUCAGCAAUUCACCUCGUCGACAUACGCGAUUGAAUAAUUGAUUGAGUGACUAGGCAACGACGUCAGGUAUCGGCAUACCGUCACAACUGCGACGAAAUGUCACCAAGGCGCAACGAGAUGCAGCCAAUCGUGGAGAGCAAAAUCCGUGCACAAACCAGACCACCUUAUCACCGGUCGCUUUUUUCAAUGUGGAUGACGGCACUGUCUGUCUUUGCAUUGUUCGGGUUCUCAACCCAGUUGAUGAUCUCAGGCCCGCCAUGGGCGCCGUCACAUCGUGAUUCCCACUCGCCGUCCGGCAAUGAUGACUCAAAUAGGCUAGUAAUAAAACGCGACGCCGACUCCUUCCGGAUCGCCAUCUUUGCGGAUUUGCACUUGGGAGAGAGCCACAAAGGUGAAGAGAAGGAUCGCAAUACGACUCGCCUUAUGGAGUACAUCAUUCGCCAGGAAUCACCCAACUUGGCUGUCCUCAACGGUGACCUGAUAGCUGGCGAAGACGUGAGGAGGGACACAGCAGCCAGCCACUUGUAUCAGGCUGUUCGCCCAAUGGUGGAGUCCAAAAUUCCAUGGGCGUCGACGUAUGGCAACCAUGACAGCCAGUUCAAUCUGUCUAGGGACGAAAUCUACACCGCCGAGAGGGAAGGUUACCCGGCGCUCUCCAUGACCAGGCGGAUGGGUCCCGAUGGGGCAGGGGUGAGUAACUAUUACGUGCUGGUCGAGAAGACCGGCACUGGCCCGGUAAUGAUUCUCUGGUUCUUUGACAGCCGCGGCGGUGCCGAGUACCAGCGAAGAAAUGAUACAAACCCCGAGGACAACAUUGAUGACUGGGUGCUCGCCGCCACGGCGGAUUGGUUCCGGGAGACGAGCAAAGACUUGCGUGCCAGGUUUGGCCAACUGCCGAGCCUUGCGUUUGUCCACAUACCACCACAUGUGUUUCGCAGUGUUGCGGAGGGCGGUCUAGACGCGACGCUGGUGCCCGGGUUGAACGCAGACGAGCGACCACUGCAUAUUCAGGGGGAGGGACACAACGACGAUGCGUUUGUCAGUGCACUGGUGAACGAGAGGGGCUUGCACAGCGUGCACAGCAGUCACGAUCAUGGAAGCUCAUGGUGCGCACCCUGGCCGGAUAAGGAACGGGGAAACGUCCCGCGCCACGAGGGCGAGGAACACGGACACGACGAUGAAGGGGCGUCAAGAAAGCAACCGAUUCUUUGUUUUUCGAAACGAACCGGCUACGGGGGUUACGGCAACUGGAAAAGAGGAGUGCGUAUCCUGGAAAUGCGGCUGCCUCAGCUUACAGCUUCCGGCAAUGAGACGCAGGCAAACUUAGAUCCGGGACUGCAUGUUGAUACCUGGGUUAGGAUGGAAAACGGUAACAUCAUCACGCAUAUCAGUCUGAACGAGACAUACGGCAAGGAUCACUAUCCGACCGCGAAUGGGGAGUGAUGCAUGCAAGGGAGGGCUAGAGUUGCCACACAAGGAGACUCGCAGUGUGUGAUAUUUCGAUGUACAGUAGAUAGGCAGGAUAUUGUGUGAUUUAGUGGCAGUAGUAUAAUGAGGAACACGAAAUUUUGACGCCG